UCCAAAUUCUCCAUUGAAGCUCGAAAAUGAUUUAAAGUGUUGUUAUUGAUGCUGGAAUAAGUGGGAGGAUUUUGAUGAAUUGGUCUGACUUUUGCAAUUGAGAAUUGUUUGGUUUUGUACAUCAUAUUUCAAUGGAGGAAGUUGAAAGAAAAAAUUCUGUCCGUAAGUUUGGAAGUCGUAUGUCUCCAUCCGGACUUCACUCUAUGAUUGAAAAUAUGAGUUCUGAACAAAGACAAGCGGUAAAAGAUAUCGGGUUCGGUGUUUUUCUUGAGUUGGGCUUUGGGGCUCUAAACAAUAAGCUAAGUCUUUGGCUUAUUGAGAACUUUGACCCAUAUAGUCGUACAUUAUAUGUACGAGAUGGGAAGAUCACGAUAGAUCGAGAAGAUGUCCAAGUGACUCUUGGCCUUCCUAUGGGUCCUAAGGUUGUGAAGGAAGCAAUGAAGGAUGAUGACAAUGACGAAUUCCGUAUUCUUUUCGAACAAUGGAGGAGUAUAUGGGGUUUGGAGAAAGGAUGCCCUAAAACUACAAAAAUGCCGGAGAGGAUUCUUACUUUGGGGGCCGGAGAUGAUUUCAAGAGAAGUUUUGUUGUUUUUGUUGUUUCCUCGUGUUUGCAUGGGCAGAAGAAUCAAUCUUGCACUUACAAGAUUUUGUUUUCACUCAUGGACACAAGUGAAAUAAGUCGGAUGGAUUGGUGUCAAUAUACAAUUGAUUGUUUAAUCGAUGCAAUCUUGAUUUGGAAGAAAAAUCCAUGUGGUUUUUUCACGGGAUCUCUAUUAUUUCUCACGUUAUUCUACUUGGAUAGGGUGGAAUUUAUAGGAUCACAAAUUGAAAGGAAGGCUCCGAUUAUAUGUUGUUGGAAGGCUAAGGCUAUAGAAGAAAGAUGUAAGGCAGAGAUAAAAGCCGGAAGUUUUGGGUUUGGAAGGAUUUUGCCUCCUAUACGAAUCAAAAGUGAUGCCGACACAAUUAUUAAUGAUCUUGUACCAGUCCAUUCUACAACAAAUGAUCAAGGAGAUUCAUCACAAAAAUCUACAGAGGAUUUGAUUGAUACCCUUUCUGUGUGACAAAGAAUUUAGCUACAACUUUAUUCAAUUUGGGCAAGUUCUCUCCUUGGUUCAAAAACAAUACCCGGGUAGUGAAUGUAUAAAGAAAAUACAAAGCACAGCGGUUGAUAUGUUCACUAAAUUCUCAGAGAAGCAACAAGCUCAACCGGAAGUAGAGCCUUCCGUUUCUAAUCUUAAUGAGAAGUCAAAUUCAGACGAGUAUGAUGCUUUCUUUGAUCAACCUGGAGUUCUGGAAGCAGUUGAUGCUCUUGUGAAUGCUUAUCAAGAGACUUG